AUGGUUAGCAGGGAUACAGAUUCAAUUUCAAAGGCUCUUGCUGCAGCCAAAUGUUGGUUUAUUUGGAAAGAGAGAUGCCUUAGAAUUUUUGAGGAUAAAUCUAGAACCCCUGAACAACUUGCCUUAGACAUAAUAAGACAAUAUGACUAUUGGCAUCCAACACAUCUUCAUAACACAGCUCAAGCAAAUGUCAGACACAUCAAACCUACACCUUACUGGCAAUUCCCAAGAGUGAACACUGUUAAGAUAAACUGUGAUGCUUCUUGGAUUUCAGAACAUACUAAUGCAGGCUUUGGUUUUGUGAUUUGCAACUGGACAGGAACCUUCAAAGGAGCUGAAUCAGGAAUCUUCAGAACUUCCACUGCUGAAGAAGCAGAAGCUCUAACUCUCCUACAAGCUACAAAUUGGACCAUCGCAAAUAACUUACAACAUCUGGUCAUCGAGGGAGACAACCAAGCAAUCAUAAAGCACUUACAAGGAGAAAAUUCAACAAUCCAAUGGCAAAGUCUUGCAAUUUUGGAAGAAGUAAGGAAGAAAACAGCAAAGAAUGGGAGAAAGAACAAUAGACAGCAGUUUUGGCUUGAACAAUCCCCUCAGUUUUUAAUUCCUUCAAUUGCUUUUGAUACUGAAAAAGCUUAUGCAUUUAACCUUAAUAACUCUGCUGUAAUCAUUCCAGAAGAAGCUAAUCUAAGAGAUUCCGUCAUCAGACAAACAAUUCAUACCGAAUUGGCUACAGAUGUGACUCAAUCAAAUGAUUAG